GCCGACGAAUCGGGCUCGCGGGGUCUCCGGCGUCUGCAGAGCCAGGAAAGCUGGCGGCGCUGCGCAUCCCUCAGUCCGCCUCCUCCGCCGAGCCCGAGCCCAGAGGCGGACUCCGGCCGGCCCGUGCGCUGCUGCCGAGCGAGGGAGCGGGCCCGGCUCCGCGGCGCCCGCCCCAGAUGGACUGCCUCGGGGUCUUGCUCUCGUGCUGGCUCCCUCUCAGUUGCUGGCUUUCGGCUGCCGCGGCCACCAGGACCCAAGAGCUGCUCUUGUCUGGCAAAUUAAGUGACUAUGGCGUGUUUGUGCCGUUCAGCGCGGAUCCUCACGGCCGCUUCCUCUCGCACGUGGUGUCCGGACCCGCCGCCUCCAGGAGCGGGGCAUUUGGCAGGCCGCCCCCGUCAUCAGCCCCCCCCUCCAGCAGGCACCGCGUGGCCCGAAGCCCUGCCGGGGCCGCGGGAGAGCCGGCUGGCCCCCACCCAGCGGGGAAGUAUUCCAUUUAUUUCAACGUCACCAUCUUCGGGAAGGAGCUCCACUUGGGCCUGAAGCCCAAGCAGCGGCUGGUGGCCCCCGGGGCCUUCGCCCAGUGGCAGGAGGACUUCUGGGAGCUUUCCCGGCAGCCCCUCCACCAGGACUGCAUCUUCACUGGCAGCAUCACCGGCAUGCCCGGCACGGCCGUGGCCAUCAGCAACUGUGACGGAUUGGCCGGCCUGAUCCGCACAGACAGCAGCGAAUACUUCAUCGAGCCCCUGGAGAGGGGUCAGCAGGCAAAGGAGGAGACUGGGCGGGCACAUAUCGUCUACAGCCGGGCAGCUAUCAGACUGGAGAAGGCAGAGCCCCAGGGAGACUUCCACAAUGAAGUCCCAGACUUUGGCCCCAGGGAGCUCCCUAACCUGCUGGACUCAGUGGCAGAGCAACUGGGAGAGGCCCAGAGAAAGCGGCGUCAUGCCAAGCCGGGCGACUACACCAUCGAGGUGCUGCUGGCUGUGGACGACUCGGUGGUGCGCUUCCAUGGCAAGGAGCACGUCCAGAACUACGUCCUGACCCUCAUGAACAUAGUGGAUGAGAUCUACCAUGAUGAAUCCCUGGGGGUGCAUAUGAACAUCGCCUUGGUUAGGAUGAUCAUGGUGGGCUAUCGACAGUCUCUGAGCCUGAUUGAGCGAGGGAACCCGUCCCGGAGCCUGGAGCAGGUGUGCCGCUGGGCCCACUCCCAGCAGCGCUCCGACCCUGCCCACGCCGAGCACCACGACCACGCCGUUUUCCUCACGAGGCAGGAUUUUGGUCCCGCAGGUAUGCAAGGGUACGCACCCGUUACUGGCAUGUGCCACCCCCUGAGAAGCUGUACCCUUAACCACGAGGACGGCUUUUCCUCCGCCUUUGUGGUGGCUCAUGAGACUGGCCAUGUGCUAGGCAUGGAGCAUGAUGGCCAGGGGAACCGGUGUGCGGACGAGACGAGCAUGGGGAGCAUCAUGGCGCCACUGGUGCAGGCCGCCUUCCACCGUUACCACUGGUCCCGCUGUAGCAAGCAGGAGCUGAACCGUUACAUACACUCCUAUGACUGUCUCCUGGAUGACCCCUUUGAGCACCAAUGGCCCCAGCUGCCCGAGCUUCCCGGGAUCGACUACUCCAUGGACGAGCAGUGCCGAUUUGACUUUGGUGUGGGCUAUCAGACCUGCACGGCCUUCAGAACCUUCGACUCUUGCAAACAGCUGUGGUGCAGCCACCCCGACAACCCCUACUUCUGCAAAACCAAGAAGGGGCCGCCCCUGGACGGGACCGAAUGUGCCUCAGGCAAGUGGUGUUUUAAAGGCCAUUGCAUCUGGAAGUCGUCGGAGCAAUCCUACAGCCUGGACGGGGGCUGGAGCUCCUGGACCAAGUUUAGCUCCUGCUCCAGGACCUGUGGAGGUGGGGUGCGUUCUAGGAGCCGCAGCUGCACCAACCCUCCCCCAGCUUAUGGGGGCCGCCAGUGCUCAGGAUCCAUGUACGAAUAUCAGAUCUGCAACUCGGAGGAGUGUGGGGGACCCUUCAAGGACUUCCGAGCCCAGCAGUGUGCCAAGCGCAAUUCCUACUAUACCCACAAGAAUGCCCGGCACAGCUGGAUCCCCUAUGAGCACGAGGAUGAGGCCCAGAAAUGUGAAUUGAUUUGCCAGUCUGAAGACACCGGGGAUGUGGUGUUUAUGAAUCAAGUUGUCCACGAUGGCACAAGGUGCAGCUACAGGGACCCUUACAGUGUAUGUGCCCGGGGAGAGUGUGUGCCUGUUGGGUGUGACAAGGAGGUCGGCUCCAUGAAGCAGGACGACAAGUGCGGCGUGUGUGGGGGUGACAACUCCCACUGCCGGACGGUGAAGGGCACCCUGGCCAAGUCCCCCAAGCAGCCAGGUUCUCUCAAACUGUUCCACAUCCCAGCGGGAGCCAGGCACAUUCAGAUCGAAGAACUGGAAAAGGAGCCCCAGACCAUUGCGGUGAAGAAUAAGGAUACUGGGAACUUUAUCCUCAACCCCAAAGGCAAAGACACUGAGAACAGAACCUUCAUUGAGAUGGGCUUGGAAUGGGAGUAUAGUGUGGAGGACUCCAAAGAAACUCUGAAGACCAGUGGUCCUCUGCCGGAAGCUGUCACCGUCCUAGUCAUCUCCCAAGGGGACAGCGACUCCAGGAGCAGCCUGAUAUACAAGUAUGUCAUCCAUGAGGACCUGCUGCCCCUCAUAGGGAGCAACAAUGUGCUCCUGGAAGAGACAGAGUCGUACGAGUGGGCCCUCAAGAGCUGGUCCCCGUGCUCGAAAACCUGUGGCGGAGGGGUCCAGUUCACCAAGUACGGCUGCCGGCAGCGGAGCGGCCACCGCAUGGUGCACCGCCACUUCUGUGACCAGCAGAAGAAGCCCAAGCCCAUCCGGAGGCGCUGCAGCCAGCAGGAGUGCUCCCAGCCCUCGUGGGUCGCUGAAGAGUGGGGUCCCUGUAGCAAGAGCUGUGGGAAGCUCGGGGUCCAGACUCGGGCGGUGCAGUGCCUCCAGCCCCUCCGCAAUGGCACCAGCCGGGCCGUGCACAUCAAGAACUGCUCGGGCGAGCGGCCUGAGGCCCGGAGGCCCUGCCACCGAGUGCCCUGCCCUGCCCAGUGGAGGAUGGGAGCCUGGUCUCAGUGCUCGGCCAGCUGUGGGGAAGGGAUCCAGCAGCGCCAAGUGGUCUGUAAAACCAGUGACAACAACGUGGGCCAGUGUGUGGGGGACAAGCCUGAGACCGUCCAGGUCUGCAGCCUGCCCGCCUGUCCUGGGAAGGUCCUGAGCAUUACAGCAAAGAUGGAGACCAGCGAACGUGUGACCCCCAAAGGCCAGUGGGCUCCUCGCACUGGGCCCCCCAAUCCUGUCAACAAGAUAUCAUCAAAAGAGCCUUGCUUGGGGGACAAAUCUAUCUUCUGCCAGAUGGAAGUACUGGUGCGUUACUGCUCCAUCCCUGGCUACCACAAGCUGUGCUGUGAGUCCUGCAACAAGAAGGAGGCGGCUCCCCACCCCAGCCCGGCCCCUGGCCAGACCCUACAUCCUCCCGUGCUCUCCACUCCAGAAGUCUCUUCUCAGAGUCCUGAGACCAGCACAGUUUCUCCAGGAGCAAACAAGACCCUCCUUGCAGCUCCCGGCCCACCCCUUACAGUGGAAGGAGCCCCUGAACCACAGCAGCAGCAGCGGCAGCCAGAUGUCAGCAAGCCCUCUGCAAUGGAAGGAGCCCCUGAGCCCCAGCAGCAGCAGCCAGAUACCAGCCCGUCCCCUAUGAUGGAAGGAGCCCCUGAGCCCCAGCAGCAGCCAGGUGUCAGCAAGCCCCCCACUGAGCCUCCGGCCCUGCCGCACACCAGGCCGCCGGUGACUCAGGGCAGCCUUGCUCCACAAAAGCAAAGCUGGGGACCCUUCGGGAACAGGGCUCUGGCCCUCUGGUGGCUGCCUGCUUCCUGGAUCCCGUCCUCCACUGACCACCACACUGGGGCCUCGGCCUCUUGGGAGGAGGGACAGAAGAGGGGGAGGGUCAGCAAGAGAGCGGAGCCUCCAAGCCAGGACCUCCCGGCCACAUCUCCCAUCACAUGAGCUUCCCCCGCCCCCCACGUCUGGCCAUCUCUCUCGCUCAGCCCAGGUUUACGCAGUCUCUGAGCUGCCCAUGGGAACUCAGGAGAUUUACUGCCCAGAGAACACAGGGCAAAAGACUGUUCUUAACUCUUUGUGUAAUUGUUAUUACUGUUAUAGUUAUUUGGGACUGUGGCACUUUGGAGCCCGCCAGAGGUCUGGGGGCACAGGGUCAUGUGAGAAAAACAGUCACAGCUGAGCCAAAGGGAGGCAGAUGUCCGGGGGAAAGGCGGUUGGGGCUCCGAGAAGUCAGAGGCUCACUGGGGAGUCCCCUGGGCCAGAUACCUCAGGGCGUGGAUGGCCCAAGCUCGGGGACUCUCCCUCUCAGGUGCUAGCGGGGCCUCAUUGGAAGUCGGCCCCAUUGCUGGGGCCUCAUGGUCCUUUCUCCUUGCUGCUGUCCCUGAAUCCUGGGUGGCUCUGAAGCUCCCAGUCUCCCCAGGAAGCCAAGGUCGCUACCCGUGACCAAGGGGACACCUUCCCAUUGGCCCUGGGGAGGCCCUGUGUGGGAGGCCGUGGAGUGGAGGUGUUGAACACCCCGACACUGACCGGGGCUUGCCCUUAGCCGGGAGACAUCUCAGAAACCACCACAUUCAUCCUCUUUCAGAUGGGGAAACUGAGAUGGGGUAACAUCUGACCUCAGCCCAGUGCCUCUGUCCAACCUGCCUCCACCUGCCUCCAGCCCUGAGCUGGCCGUGGUGGGUGUUCAGCAUGACUGAGCCCCGAGCCGCGCUCACCUUUGCCCACGUCUGCAGCGAAGGAGCCAGGCUCCCCCGCACAACCGGCUUGUGAUGCUCAUUAUUGCUUCAUCAGUGGCUUUGGAAGAGGCUCCCGGCUCCCCAGCAUCCUCUAGCCCCCUCACUGGCCCCCAGGGCUGGACUCCCAGAGACCCCUAUGAGUCCUGAGGCUGGGGGGUUCUCCAUGGGGCUCCAGACCCACCUGGGAGAAGAGACAAAGGCGACGCCGGGGCAGUGGGAGCCACACUGACUGCCUGCCCUGUUGGGCUCCAGAAUGCUGUGGGGGCCGACCUUGCAUCAUUCCUGUGAUGUCCUCUGGCCCAGAGUACAGAGUAGAAAAUGUUUCUAGCAGUCCCAAAGCUUUUAAAUGUGACCUAUUUAUUAAUUUUGUCCCAGGCUUGUGAAUUCCCCCCUUUUCCUUUGUUGUUUUUUUUCCCCUUUUGGCUGCUCCAGAAAUGUACCAAAGCAUAAGAAAUGUUUGCUCCUGUUGAUUUAUUUUUGAGGAAAGGAAAACAAAAACACCAUCUUGGAGGGAGCUACGGCUUCUAUGCAGAGGGCUGCAGUCAUGAGCUGACCGGGCAAGCCUCUUCCCCCUCUCUGUGACUCAGUUUCCCCAUCUGGAAAACAAGGGGGAGCUCCGAUGCUAUGUCCCCUUCGGUUCUUACGUUCCGUGUCCGACUCUUGGUGUUCCAUGUUCUCAGGGCCCUCCCAGCUCUGCUUUCUGGGACUCUGUUCUAGCUGCAAGGUGUUCACUUUGUUGCCUUCCGAGGGAUGACUGAUACAUGGUUUCCUCCGGGCUCAUAAAGCACCCUGGAUACAGUCAUCCCGAGCUCUCAUGUAGCACUUUGGGGCAGCCAGACUGCACAGAGCUGAGCCUAGAGUCAGGAAGCCUCAGCUUCCCCAGUUCAAAUCCAGCUUCA